AUGGAUAUGCUCUGGCAGAUCACUGAUCGGAUAUGUAAAUAUGAGGACAAGUUCAUCAUUUGGAAAUACUCAGAUUUUGGACGCUGCUUUCAACAAAUUGCAAUUAUAUCUCCAGUAUACAUUUUUCUCCUCUUCACUGGCACUUUCUUCUGUGCUAAAGCCAGAUGUCGUCACAUUACGUUUGGAAAUAUCAAUAGAGCGUGGAUUGUACUACUGAGAGUAUUAGCUCAUCUGAUUAUCAUUGGGAGUCAAAUUGGCUUGAUUAUAGAGCAAUUUGUUUCAUUGGAAAGAGCAGAGACAAUGACGAUAGCUGUGGAGUCAUUGGUAUUACUGGCAUGGUCGUCAAGCCUUGGUGCAAUCCUAUUGUGGAGAAACAGUUGGUACAGCGUGGCUUUUGGGAGGGAUUUCAAUGUGCUUAAAAUAGCAUGGGUAAUUGUUUUUAUAUCUUGUUCAUUUGAGUUAUACAGUGCAAUACUGUACACUACUGGAAAGGAAUCCCCCUUACAAGAAGAAUCUUUUUCCGUAUAUGAAUCUAUAAACAUAUAUCUACGGUGGGCAACAUAUCUCAGUGUCCUGCUUCUACAAAUACCGAGAUCAAAUUACCAGAAUCUGCCUACUUCUACCAUCAAUGAUGAUCAAGAGGCAGGGUCUUCACGAGGAAACCACCAAGAGAAUGUGUCUGAGCACUCAUUUUCAAUACUCUCAAGAGCUUCCUUCCACUGGGUAACUAAAUUAUUCAGUAAUGCUCAAUAUACACCAUUUCCAUCGAUUGAUGAUUUACCUUUCAAUUUACCUUCCAACAUGAAUCCAAUUGCUAAUCACUGCAAACUCAAGCUUGCUCUUCAACAUUAUACACAACCAUCGUUCCAACCGCUGAUGAUGCAGUCAGAUUCGCAAGGCCAUUAUGAAGAUCUGAUCCAACCUCUCCUUGAGAGUUCAAAAGACAUUAAAAAAUGA